CCAAUGAAAAAGCAGAUAAGGCCUUGUUCUCUUAUGGAUCCCCCAAACUUGAAUCCCUUUCACUGUCCUCCAAGGUCCCAAAAGUGCAUCUCUUCCUGUUAAAUGGGACUGCAAAAGCGCCUCUUGUGGGUCACGCUAGCUACACACUCCCUCUUUUUUCCAUCAAAAAUAAUCAUUCCCCUGUUACCAAAACCACACUGUAGCCUAACCCCUCCCUUUUGGUGUCAUGAGUUCGGCUACUAAGAACGCAGCAAACGCGGUUGGGGGAAAAACUGCAAGAGCAUGUGACGGCUGCAUAACGAAACGUGCACGUUGGUACUGUGCUGCCGAUGAUGCUUUUCUCUGCCAGGCUUGUGACUCUUCGGUUCACUUGGCGAAUCCUUUGGCUCGAAGACACGAACGAGUCCGCUUGAAAACCGCGUCGUACAAGUCCACCGAUGAACGACGACAACCUCCCACGUGGCACACCAAGAAACCUCGAACGCCCAGACAUGGGAAACAUUCUCGUAACAACAACCCUUUCCACUUGGUCCCUGAAGAGGGUUCCGAAGAGGCGAAUUCCCAUGAUGAGAAUGAGGAGCAGCUCGUUUAUAGGGUCCCCAUAGUCGACCCUUUUGUUGCUGAGCUAUGUGGGACUAAUAGUUCUCCUUCUUCUGUUACUUCAACUGAUCAAGGGGUAGUAGCUGCUGCUGCUGCUUCUGCUGAGGUUGAAUACAAAGGGAUUCAAAGCAAUGAUUUUUGUAGCAAUAGCAAUGAGAUCGAAAACUUGCAUGGGAUGCUUCCUUCGGAUGCAGAACUUGCUGAGUUUGCUGCUGAUGUUGAGAGCUUUUUGGGUAGGGGGCUUGAAAACAAGUGCGUGGGGAUGGAAGAAUUGGGACUCGUUGAUACCAAAGAAGAGGAGUGUUCGGUGGGUAGUGGGAAGGUGAAGGUGGAAGAGGAAGAGAGCCCUCUGAUGGAGAUGGAUAUGGGAAGAGAUGAUCAAUCAUUUGAGUUGAGCUUUGAUUAUGAGACGUGUGAAGAGGUAAAGGAGAUGAAGGUUAGUGAUUUGGAAUUGGGGAAUGAGUUAGGAGAGAUGAAAGAGAAUGAUGAUGAUGAGGUGAAAAGGAAGAAGGUAUCGUUGCAGCUUGAUUAUGAGGCGAUAAUCAUCGCCUGGGCUAGCCAAAAGUCUCCGUGGACCACUGCUGACAAACAAAACUUGGACCCUGAUGAGUGCUGGCACCAAUGCAUGGGAAGUUGCGGAACGGCAUUUCAUCACCCUUACGGUGAACUGGGUGGAUUUGGGAUUCAUUCAGUGAUAGUAGACGGGGGCAGAGAGGCAAGGGUGUCAAGAUACAGAGAGAAGCGCCGAACUAGGUUGUUCUCGAAGAAAAUAAGGUACGAGGUUAGGAAAUUGAAUGCAGAGAAGAGACCCAGAAUGAAGGGGAGGUUUGUUAAGAGGGCUUCCUUUGCACCACCAACAUUUCCUUUGCUAAAUAAAUAAGACCUAGCAUUUGCUGUUCUACCACUAAUGUUUUGUUAGUAUUUAGUAUUUGCGACGUCAUAUGGCUUUUCAUUUCAUUUUCUUAUUUCUUUGUAUAUAACAAUUUUUUAAGCUAAUAAAUCGUCCAAAUUUAUAAUCAUGUGGUCUUUAA